GGAGCCGAAAUCCAUUUUUCUCCAAUCUCCACACGGAGCAAACGCCUUGCAGUCCAUAAAGAUGACCUCCAAGGCGGAGUUACGCACCCCAAAACCACCGAAGCCACCGGAAAAGCCUCUGAUGCCUUACAUGCGCUAUAGCAGAAAAGUUUGGGAACAGGUCAAGAACUCUAACCCUCAUCUAAAGCUAUGGGAAGUUGGGAAAAUUAUCGGCCAAAUGUGGCGCGAACUUCCAGAUGAUGAAAAGACCUUAUAUAUCGAAGAGUAUGAUUCUGAGAAGAUACAGUAUACAGAGGCCUUGCGGCAGUAUCACAGUUCCCCUGCAUAUCAAGCCUGGCUAGUUGCCAAGGAGCGUGCUGAAAAGUUACUUGAGGAACAGGAUCAGGAACGAAAACAGUCCAUCAACCGCUCUCGUGAUCGUCCGGGCGACAUAUCUCAAGCUGAUCUACGGGAGUCUUAUAUGUUGGAAGACAAUGAAGAAGAAUCCGAGGAUCAGUACACAGCAAAGCACGUUGCAGCUGCUCGCUUCCAGCGUAAUCACCGAUUAAUGCAAGAGAUUCUCAGUGAUACUCGUCUGCCUGAUCCCGGACAAUUAAUCACUCAAAGCCGAUUGAAUACGCUUCGUUUGCAAGUGGAACAAUUAAAGAGCCAUAAACGCAAUCUUUGCCAAGAGAUUGAGGGAUGUGAAUUUCGUCAUCGCUCCAAGUUACAGCGUAUUCAAGAAGACUCGGACAAAUUUAUUGCCGAAUAUCAAAAACUAACUGCUGCUCGUCCAAUGAUUACCGAAGCACAAUUUGCUGAGAUGAUUAUCAAGGCCAAACAUGACGAGGACGAGCGCCUUUCACGUUAUUUGGCGGAAGCCGAACUCAGGCGUCGUAAACAACAGCAACGUCAACAACAACGUGAAGCAGAACUGGCUGUGGAAUCUGAACGCCGUCGACAACAGCUACAGCAACAACAGCUGUUGCAUCAGGCCCGGGUCCAACAAGCUCAGGGUACGGAAGCAAGCGCUCAGCCUCACUCAUCGAAUGACCGAAGUGUCGAACGCCCAUCUGCCACACACGAAAUGAACGAGUCAGUUCCACAGAUGUCAUCCAAACCACAGAUUGCCCAGCUUCCAACCGCCGCUAGUUCAAAAGCGGACACCCUUCUGACGGAACCAGUCUCACAGUCUGUCGGCGUUCCUUACGCAUCCGGUAUAUCAAACUCUUAUCCCCACGCACCUGCUCAUCCCGCGCAACGUUUUUCGCAAAUCAGCCACACUCAACACCAUUAUCCACCACCUCCUAACUACCCACCGAAUGCAAUGUCUCCCUUGUUGGUGCAACAAAUGGGAAUGUCACCUCGCGGACAGUCUCCCGCUUUCCAACAAAUGUUUGGCGCUCCGGGACUGCCAAAGGCGACUUCAUCGGGGAUGCAAAAGAAAAACGCCUCAUCGUCUUCAUCAACCUCAUCGGGAUCCUCUGCAUCGUCAACUUCAUCCAAAAGGAAAAAGUCCGACGCUGUGAUCGGUUGUGAUAAUGGCAAGUCGAAGAGGCCUGAUGGCAGUAUGGAAGUUUCGGUGUCACCGUUAGUUCCGGAUCGCCGGGGAGUACCCGGAGAUGUCACCUUGGAUCAGUCGCGUCAAGUGGAACCCUUUACUGGACCUACUCCAACCGGGGAGUACAUGCAUACUCCGCCACAGCCCCCACUAGUACGCCACCCGGCACCGCAGCAGUAUAUGCAGUCACCGCAGCAGAUACCAACUGGUAGCGCGGCUGCUGGCCACCCAUCGGCCCCCGUUGCGCCACCUUCAUUUGGUUACGAACAUGGGCCCCCCAUAAACCAGGGUUCAUCCAUACCUAGCAACGGCCCUUCUAGCGGAUAUUAUCCCCCUGCUAUGCAGCAGCCUGCUGCUGCCACGGGAAGCUUCUCAUCCCAGCCCCGACCACAAUUCGCUCACGUCAACUACGGCCCCGGCCAAUAUUCGUCAGGUACUCCGCAUGCCCCCACUUCUUCGGAGCACCCACCUCCGCCUCCCAUGUACGUCCAACAUAUGACGCAACAGCAGCAGCAGCAACAACAACAACCACCACCACAUCUUGUGCAGCAGGGACCACCAAUGAUGGGGUCACCACCACAAACGGCUGGUCAUUCUGGCCAUCCUCACCAGGGUUCUCCAGCGGGCUGGCACCACAGCGGGUCCACGAGCUACGCACCAGUGCAGUAUGCUGGAGUGCGAUACCCAAGUCCUGGCACCCCGGUCGGUUACGCUACCCACGCCCCGCGCCAUAUGCCCGUUGCUGGCAGUGGUUAUGGAAUGUCACAUCCUGGAGUGCACCACCCCAGUCAGCAUCCCCACCAACCGAUGUCUGGCCAGCCUCCGCCAACCUCUGAACCAGGAGUUUCUGGCCAGGCCAUUCCCGCCCCUCCGCCUUACCAGCAACAACAACAACAACAAGCACACGGUAAUUUUCCUCCCGGUUAUUGGUCUGCAUCGCAUUCAGCACAUCCGGAGUACAGUUCUAUGGGUCAACCAAGCCCUUACAUGUCGGCUCUCCAUCCAGAAGCUCCUGGUAUGUCUCAUCCGCCCUCGUCAAUGGACGGCAUGCAAUCUAGUUCCGCGAUGUCCAAUCACCCUCACACUGAACCCAAUCUUAAUCACAUGAAUCCUCAGCAUCCCCACCACGCUGGCGUCUAUUAUCAGGGUAAGAUUAUUGCACUGUGCAUUUAG